CCUUGUCUUCCCAGGCCAUCCCAUCUUAGCACGCUCUCGCGGGACCCCCAACUGCCCCCGCCGCGCAUCUCUCCCACCGCGCACGUUGCCAUCCUCGAGGUUGCUUGUCCAUCUCUCCCACCUGGAUUCCGUUCUAUCGCCUGCUUCCAUGUGCACGCCCGCGAACAGCACUAGAGCUGACUAGAUAAUUUGGGCUCGGACGGCGUCCCAUUGAUCACGCCUUUAAUGUGCGUCUCUGCAUUAAAUGGCCUCAGCCGCCGUUCUACCGCGCCUCAAGGCGAGUCGCAGAUGGAUUCGCGCCGCGCCAAGCAUGCCGGCGGGCAAAGCCUUGCCAGUCGACCUCGUCUCAAUAUCAGAGGUACCCGUACGCGCGCACCCGACCUCGGUAUACUCCCGCUAUGUUUUCGCAGAUCGCUUCAACGGUAUCACCCAGAGUCUCCGGAUAUUCAUUUUACGGCGCCCGGCAAGAGCUAUAACUUGCAGAUUCCCAUCUUUCUUGGCAACCAUGCCUUCUCCACUUUGUUCGCUUAUCCAAUCGCUUGGGCCGAAACUCCCGAACUGUGGCGCAGCGCUUACCACCUUCCCCGCAUCGGCGCGACGACGUCCAUCGCGGAUCGUCGUUUUCCCUACAUACUCAGAGUUCAUGCGUGCGAGUCUUUAUUACGUCUCGCGCCAGACGCGCCAUUUUGCUGCAACAGACUUUGAUCAUCCUCAUCGGCGGAUCCUUUUGCUGUAUGGAACAACGUGCGUACAUCGCUGCUUACUCCGCUAGUGAGCAUAUGCCUGCCGUGCUCCCUUUGCUAAUCGUACCGCUACUUCGAGCUGGCACGUACCCACGAAGUCCAGCUCAAAUUCAUAGCAGGCUUCUAUCCAGCUGGCCAAUGCCGGGCGUGCCGAGGAUAGCUUCCGGCG